AUGGCAGUCCCUGCUGCUGCAUUGGUUGUUUUUAAUAGAAUAAGAGAAGCUGCUGAUAGGGAUUUAGAGCUUUUACUUAUUAGGAGAAUCCAGCACAGAAUCCAAAGACUGCGUUUGAGAAGAGGACUUAUCUACUGUACACCUGUGCUCAAUAAGAGAGUUACUGCUUUGCUGUCUUUGGAGCGGGUACCCUUAAAAAGAGAUUGCCGCUUAUCACCAGAGGCUUUCCAUGUUCUCAUGAGGCUAUUAAUUGUCGAUUGGGAGCGUGAUCAUGGAUAUUCGCUUGAAUUUGCUGUGAUAGUCACCUUGUAUUGGAUGGCAGCUGGUAUGUCUUACAGAAUUUGUGGCAACACAUUUGAUGUCUGCAGAAGCACUGCUUUCGAUAUUGUUGACCUGGUACUUGAUAAAAUAGUAAGUGUGGCAAACCGAGUUAUCAAGUUACCUGAAAAUCUGGAAGAAGUCGGUCAACAAUUUGCUACCAUGGCUGAUUCACCAGCCUUUUCCCAAUGUGUUGGAGCUAUUGAUGGAUGCCAGGUGUACUUUAUUCUUGACGAUACAGAGAAAAGUCAAGAAUACAUCAAUAGGAAACUAUACUACUCCAUCAAUUUACAAGGGCUUGUGGAUCACCGUGGCCGUUUCAUCAACAUCUUUGUGGGUUUCCCAGGUAGCUGCCACGAUUUAAGAGUGUUAAGACAUAGUGGCCUUUACAGAGAUGCAGUAUACCCACCCAGGGGAUAUUUUAUCAUUGGGGAUGGGGGAUAUAUGUGUCUUAGGGACCCUAUAACAAUCAUCACUCCAUACCGUAAUAUAAAUCUGACUGAGGAAAAGAAAAACUUCAACUAUCACCUCAGCAAGGCUCGCUCUGUUGUGGAGAGGUCCUUUGGAUUACUACAAGCUAGAUGGAGGAUCCUCUUCCACAGAGCAUUAGAGGUAAAGUUUAGAAAAGCUGUCAAGGUGAUUGCUGCGUGCUGUGUCGUGCACAACAUCUGUAUAGAUGAGGAUGAUAUAAUACCCCACCACAGGAUAAUCCGAAGAAGACAAGUAGCUCCAAGACCAGAGAGUGAUGGAUCAGCAUAUAGAGAGAUCAUUUGCUUAGCUCAUAAUCUUGGGAGAGUCCAGGCAGACCUGGAAAGACAAUAG